AUAAAUGUUGAUGAUUCAAUCUCAUCUAUUGAUGUUGAAUCAUAACUUCUGCACGUGAAAUGCUAUGGAUGAUGAAUUCAUUUUGUUCAACAUCCGUGAAAUAAGAGAAAAUGCACAUGUGAGUUGUUACAUGUCGUAAGAAAAAAAAAACAAAAUGAUUGAUUGUACGUCAAUGGGAAAGAGCGCACUACAAGUCUCUGUGCAACAACCGAUAGUGGAAAUCAUCAGUUGUCAACCUCAUAUCAAGGAUACAGUGCUGGCUGGUGUGGUGAAAGGCGUGGGAGUUAAUUAUAGCGAUUAAAAUCUGACCUGUUCAGUUCCCCUCGUUAUGAUGGAUCCCGGUAGUGUGGAAAAUUAAAAGUCAGCGUAGUGGGUCAUAAAAAUAAUAAACCUGCUAUCUCAAUAGCCAGGCAUAAGCGUGCAUGUACAAUUAACCGGAUAUUGCUGUUUUGCCCAGACACAAACUACUGCUGCGUUUUGAUGACAUUGUGUUUUGUGUAUGUGUUGUUGGUAGUGUCGUGUGAUAGAUUUAAUCGUUAUUAUUGAUGACAGUAGCGAUGGUGGUGAUAAAAGAGCCAAAACGGAUUACGUGCAGUGCAACAAAAUAGAGUACGCUUACUAGCCGUGUCACGGAUAACGCAGCCUUCCGUAGUUCAUCAUCUCGAUCCAAAAAAAAAUCGGAAUAAGUGAAAUCGAUAGGAUUUAUUUCGUCAAUCUGGUGGCAGAAAUCUGUGUAGCUGUUGGUGAGAGAAAUGUCAUUUCCCAUGACGACAAUGGUUUCGUUAUCUAAGAUGCCAGACAGGACACCGACGACACUGAGCCAACGGUAAUGGAUUAUGUGGAUCGAGCGUUCUGCGGCGGAAAUCCAAUGUCACGUCAUCCCGCUCACUCGACGACAAAAAAAUAGAAAAUAAAAGGAUCAUACCAUAUUAGGCGAAUACUGAGAAGAAAGGCUCCCCAGUAAGGCAAUCAGAAUCGUGGUUUGUGUGUUUUCUUUCGGCAAAAUGGAUGAAAAAAUGAAGAAGAAGACAAGCUCCCCAAAAUACGUGUUAUUUUAACUCGGACCCCGAAAGGCAGGUCCACCACCGAGAUUGUGUUGAGUGAAAGAUUUAACCACAAGUGGUUGCUUUUCCCAUGAGCAGGAAGUUAGUUCGAGCGCCGCAAAAUUGUGUGGAAGAAAAACGGCCGUAGAAAAAAACGUAAGCCGAGAAAUCGACGAAGCCUUUGCGAGGGGUCGGUUGAGCACAGCGCCGCGGUGGCUGAUGCUUUUAUAAAAUUACGCGGAAAUGUCCUUCCAAACGGUAUUUCGAAGGCGAAAGAAAAGAUAUCGUUAAGUGUUGCGUGAAAAAAAUGUGAAAGGAAAAAUAUACGCCCCGAAGAGUAGCUAAUCACAGCGUCUGGGAUUUUCCGUGCAGAUUGAGCGGAAGAUUAGUGCGAAAGUGAUUUUUCUUACUUAUAUUUUUGCUGGAUCAUUUCUAAAAUAUUAUAGUAAGAGAGUGUGGGAGCUGGAUUUCACAAGAGAGUAGAGGAUAUAAUAAUGGCAAAAUACGUGACAAAGCAGUAUUAUUAUUUGUGGAUCGUAGUGAGCAUUUGUGCUAUGCUGGACCUAAGCGAAGUAGGCCGAAGAUUCACUCAAGGAAGCGCUCUGGUUCAAGCCAGUUCCAUCAUAGGAGAUGAAAAUGGACCACUGUUUGAAGUUCAAACGGCUGUCGGACUGGACGUAUCACUUCCGUGCGAUCUGCUCCCCACUACGAUGACACUCAUGAGUGACAAGGUGACUCUAAUCAUCUGGUACAAGGAAGGCAACAGCAAGCCAAUUUACUCUUUUGAUGCCCGAGGAAAAAGCCUGCAGCAGGCGAUUCAUUGGUCGGACGAGGCUGUGCUCAAGUCGAAGGCAUACUUCUACUACGAAACCAACCCGCCGGCGUUGAGGAUAAAAAAUAUCAAACAAGAAGACGCUGGACUUUAUCGGUGUCGGGUAGAUUUUCAAAAGUCACCGACGCGGAACUGUCGGAUAGACCUGGACGUACUCGUUCCUCCAUCCAAAGUGACUAUCCUAGAUGAGCUAGGAGCCGCAGUUAUGGAUAGUACAGUAGGACCCUACAAGGAAAAUGUGGACAUAAAUCUAACGUGCGUGUCCAGUGGCGGCGUCCCUACUCCCAAAGUGACCUGGUGGAAGGAGCACGCACUGCUAGACGAUUCCUUCAUCAUUCUUCCAGACGGAACGGUCAAAAACGUUCUCUACUUGGAAAAAUUGACCCGCAGUGAUUUGAACUCAGUCUAUACGUGCCAAGCCAGUAACGGACAUGUUGUCCCACCACUUUCCACGAACGUGAAAUUGACAUUGAACUUGCCACCGUUGUUCAUCACCAUGCAGGGCCUCCGAGAAACGCUAACGGCCGGAAUCAAAACGCAGGUAUCGUGUCACACCGCUGGCAGUAGGCCGUCACCCAACAUCAUGUGGAGCAAGGGUGCAACCACUAUUCGGGGGUCGUCCCAAACGACAUCCAACGAUGGAAACGUGACCGUAUCAGAGCUGGUAUUUGUGCCCGGGCCGGAAGAUAAUGAAAAAUCAAUUACAUGCUCAAUCGAGUAUCCCGAAUCCGAGGGGGCAACGAUCCGUCUCAAGGAUUCCCAUGUGCUCGACGUGAAGCAUGUGCCGGUGAUAUCCUUAUCGCUCGGGGCGCCACUCGAUUCUCAAAACCUGAUGGAAGGAUCGGACGUGUACCUGGAGUGUGACAUCAAAGCGAACCCACCAGCGAAAAAAAUCGAAUGGUUCCACAAUAAUAAACUGCUACAAUCAGCGCGAGGCAUUAUCAUCUCUAACCAGACGUUGGUGCUGCAGAGCAUAACGAGGGCGACCCAUGGCGAGUACAUGUGCAAAGCGGCCAAUACGCUCGGGACCGUCAAUAGCAAUCAACUCUAUUUAGAUAUCAAAUAUCCUCCGGUUUGUAAAUCAGAAGCGCAAAUAAUGCGUGCUGCUGUUAAACAAACAGUAAACAUCACUUGCGACAUCGACGCAAAUCCAAUGCACAACUUGCUUUUUCGGUGGCAAUUCAAUAACUCACUGGAAAGCAUGGUCGAGCUGCCUCCGUAUACGAACGCAGAGUUCAACGAACCACUUCUACAACAGCAGGAUCAUCUAAUCCCGGCAGUAUCUUCCGCAGCAUCAUCAUCGUCAUCAGCAUCCCUCGGGGACCAUCUUCAUCAUCAUCACCGAUCAUCAUCUGCAUCGUCGUCCGCUUCUUCCCCAUCCAGUGGGAGCAGUCAGAACAUGCUGGUCGGACCAAACCAGAAGCUAACAUUCCGAAGGAAACCCGAGCCGCCAAAGCCGGACCUCGUUGAUGGACAGUUGUAUUUGUAUCGGAUUGAAUCGUUCACCAAUUUCGGUACAAUUACCUGCACAGCUACAAAUGCAUACGGCCAAAGUGGCCACUGUCUUUAUCACAUACUUGUGGCCGACGUACCCGAUCCAAUUAAAAGUUGUACGAUAUCAAAUGUAACCGCUUACACAGUGCAUGUAUCAUGCAUAGCUGGAAAGGACGGAGGAAUUCCACAGCAGUUCCAUAUUGACAUAUUUGACGAACAUACGAAGAAACUUCUCCUCAGCAUCACGUAUCAAGGACCAGAAAUGCUACUGAAGAAGCUUCCUAGUGACACCAAGUUCAUCAUAAAGAUAACGCCAUUCAAUCUUCAAGGUACAGCUCCUACUAGUUACCGUGUUAAGGCUCAAACCUUGCCUGCUCCUUUGCUACGUACAGCCCCAUCCAAGGCUGUCCUAGUUCAGUUGACACCACUACUUGGAGCACUAGUUGGAGCAGCUGUGACGCUCUUCCUCGUAGCCAUUUGCAUAAUCAUUUUCGUCAAGUUUAAAACGAAGAAGAAACAUCACCCAACGGCUACGACUGAACAAGACAAAGGCAGUGCAGAGCCAUUGAGUCGUAACAUCGGAAGCCAUUCGAGUAUUGACGACAAGAAUCCGGAUGUGAUACCGCACGAGAACAGUGAGGAUGACGAUGAGAAGCAGUUCGAGCGGCUGGUGCUGGACACAGAACGGCUGAAAUUCACACCAACGCCUGUGCUACCGUCAAUGGUGACGGCUUAUUCGCCGACGCAUGUGUCCCCCACCGGAAACGGGAUGAAAAAGUUUGGUGAACUAUCGCUUACGACCAACCCGAGCUAUGCGAUCUACAACUCCCCGGUUCGGAGUGCUUACGGUAGCACUAAUCCAUCGGGGACGACGACAACGACCGUUCUUCCGGUACGGACAACGUCGCCGAACAUCUACACAAGACUGCCUUUGCGGGACUUCACUCCCAACACGUACGACAGUAUGCUCAGUACGUCACAAGCGGCGCCCAGUGGCUACGCGACAUCCCAAAUCUACACCGCCAAAAUGCCGUUACUGACGACGAACUACGCCGAGCUAGCUUCCCUGGACAAAUGAUAGCAGUAAACAGUAGACGACGGUUUCCAUCGAUCAGACAUCUUCCAUUGCAACCGUUGUUCUACAAAAACACCAUCUAACGUUCAAAUCCAGUCCAUGAAAUUGUCAAUUUUCAUCUAACAAAAAAAAACAAGAAAAGGCUUUCAGUUUAAGGGCGGACGGGACGGUCGGGUAAAUAUCCGCCAUUGCUCUGUUGCUACUAAGAUGGUAAUCUCAGAUUCUACUUCAUAUUUUGCAACAAAAACCUAUCAUUGUGUAUGCUCACUUGUACUGCACAUGCUGAUUGAUUUUCAGCCUCAUCUGUACGAUAGAAAUCGAGAUUACGAUCUUCAAAAUCGCGAGGCAAAUUGUUAGAGAGAGAGGAAAGAUAGGAAAAAUAACACGGCGUCCCGUUUCACCUUAAUCUGGAAGCUGCUUGCCAUCAUCACUAUACGUUACGAACGACUAGUUAGGAAUUACCGUAGGUAAGCUAUUGAAUUUUGAAUGAUAGUCUGAACGAAAAUAAAUCAAUCUUGUACAUACGAGCAGCAAAAUUUCCGUGAAUCAUUUUUGUACGUGUAGCUUGUAAGAGUAGCUAAAUUAUUGAAAACCAGAACAAAGAAAAGUAACAGGAGAAACGAAUUUCAAACACGGCUAUAGGGAACAGAAUAUGAAAAGCAUAUUGUUGAAAAGAUGUUACUGAUUUUAUCAAAGAAAACUCCUUCAUCAACGAUCCAAUCUCCCACCUUUCAUGUUAUACAAACAUAUCCGUUAAACUCAACAAGUUAUACGCUCAAAAAAUAAAGUAUCGUAUACUUAUAAAAAUGGCAA